AUGUCGGCGAAAGAUACCGCCUUGAUUAAUGAAUCGCAGUAUACUAUUCAAACGAAUGAAUUGCAAACUACAACCCCUCACGAUUUGCAUAAUAAUCAACAUGAAAUUACGGGAGCACUCGACCAGAACGAAGAUAAUGCAAUUAUCUCGGGCUGUCUUCCGGAGUAUAAUAAUGUAAAUAAACCACCUAUGAUUAAUUGGGGGAAGCGAGGCGAUGGACGAACAAUAGUUAUAUCGACUUCAGACAUUACAGAUGCAUAUGUAGAAAUUACAACUUGGAAAAAGAAUGUUUUUCUAGUGCCAUACGGGAAAAUAGGAAGGGAUUUUAUCGAUCAAAUAACGAUGCAUAUAAACGACUGGAAUAGCGGUUCGGAAAAUCAACAUGUUUCCUUAAAAGCUGUUUUUGUACUUCUCGCCGUUGGGCUUCAAAAGCCAAACCCGAAGUCCAAGGCAAAGGACCAUCAAGAUGCUUUGUCAAAGCGACUUGCACUUUGGAAGGACGGUGAGAUCAGUAAGCUAAUACGCGAGGGACGGAUCAUACAAAGUCGUAUUGGAAAAUUUAAAGGAUCAAACCAUCCCGAUAAAGCUAAAGUCUUUGCUAAGCUUGUGCUAGAAGGUCAAAUCAACUCAGCCCUUCGCUUCCUGAGUGAAACCUCAAAUGGCGGCGUGUUAACGUUAACUGACGAUGUAAUGACGCAAUUAAAACAGAAGCAUCCUGAGCCACAACCAGCAAAACUAGGAUCGGUAUUAUUUGGCCCGCUCAAUGACGAGAUACCCGAAUCUGUUUACUCACAGAUCAAUGGUGAGAUGGUUAGACAAGCCGCUUUGAGAACAAAAAGAUCCGGAGGCCCGUCUGGUGUCGAUGCUAACGGCUUUAGAAGAAUGUUGGCAUGUAAGUCCUUAAAGCAAUCAUCUACAAGACUGUGCGAAGCUAUAGCCAGAAUGACCAAGACUUUGUGCGCACAAUAUAUCGAUCCUACCACUAUUGAAGCAUUGAUUGCUAGUCGUUUAAUUCCCCUAGACAAAGGCGAAGGUGCGGUAAGACCUAUCGGUGUAGGAGAUGUAAUAAGGAGGAUAAGUGCAAAAUGUGUUAUGAGCUUUGCAAAGAAGGAUGUUGUGGAAGCAAGUGGAUCGUUACAAUUAUGCGAUGGCAAAAGUCUGGAAGUGAGGCUGCAAUACAUGCAAUGA